UGUCACUCAAUACUGUAACGAGAUAUACGGAUUGUUCGAGGUGUGUGAGAAAUUGCAAGACUUUUUGAAAAUAGACGCUGCGAAUGCUUUCGAGAUCACCGAGUCUGUUCUUUCGCGGACAGUCGCUUCGUGCGAGGACUGUCUGCGCAUACUGGCAAAGAUGCUAGAUAUCCCCCCCAAAAGAGAGGCACAGGGCUUCUCACUGGAUCAAGAGAAUAAAGUGGCCUAUAUACAAGAAGCAAGUAGAGGGCAUCAUUGAGCGGUUGGUGUGAUAUACGCAGCUUUUCCAGUUUGCAUUGACCGUGGAAGGAUGUGCCAUUUUGUCGCGUACUCCAGAGGACGUCACGAUGGUUCUCAAACUUCAACGCGAUACCUGUAGCAAGCCCCACGAUAUCACUAAAGGCAUUGCAGCACUCAAGGUAUCCGCAGAAGAUUAUCGGAGCACAGCAGACCGGAUGGAAUUGGUGCUGGGAAAUGUGGAAUAUUUGGCGGAUCCAUCACAACGCUUAUCGGAGAUUCAAGAAAGUGUGGGGAGCAUCGAACGUCAACUUACUGAUAGCCUAGAUAGAGAGAUACUAGAUUGGCUAUCAUCCGAGCGAGGCCAGGGUCGACACCACGAGGUUCAAUCUCGACGCACCCCCGGGACAGGAAAGUGGAUUCUGAGCACUCCAGCCUUCCAAACGUGGCUUAAUAAUGCAUACCCUGAGAGAUUAUUAUGGAUUGUUGGGGCGCCGAGAUGCGGGAAAUCGACGUUGGUUUCCUUAAUAGUCGACGAGCUGAAGGUCCUGCAGGCGAGCGACAAUGCACCAAUUGCUUAUUACUACUCUUCGCAUCCAUCUUCACACAGGACAUCUCCAGAGUCCUUCGUGUCGCCAAGUAUGAAAGCAGCACCGUCACCGUGAACUACACCAGCCACUAUCAGGCCAUUGAUAUGGCGUUUCGCGGUGUCAAGGGGUCUGGUGAUGGAAGAGGGUAUGCCUACUUGAUACAUUUU